AUGGCAGCUUCAUUCAAUGUUGUAAGAUACGAUUACUCACCCUGUGCUGCGUGCAAGCUCUUGAGGAGAAAAUGCCUACCAGAUUGCAUCUUUGCCCCUUACUUUCCACCUGAAGAGCUUCAAAAAUUUAUAAGUGUGCCCAAAAUCUUUGGCGCAAGCAACGUAGCAAAGCUCUUGAACGAGGUCCUCCCUCAUCAAAGAGAAGACACAGUGAGUUCUCUGUCCUACGAAGCUGAGGCAAGACUGAGAGAUCCUGUUUACGGUUGCGUUGGUACUAUUUCUAUUCUGCAAUUACAAGUUGAGCGGCUUCAAAAGGAACUCGACGAGGCUAAUGCAGAAUUGGAGAAGCAGGAAUCUGCAAUUAUUACCAAACACCUUCCUCUUUUUCAUUUCCAUGGAAUGAUACAAAUGUUCCAGAUCAAGGAGGAGCUGCCGGACAAGGACUUUGAUUCAAUUAUUAUAGAAGAUAUAUGA